GUGUUUCCAGGCUUCAUGAAUCAAAAUACUCUGUCCUGCAGUAGACUUGCACUUGGCGUUGUGUUUAGCUCAGCUGAAACAGACCUGGAGUGAAAGUAAAUUGCCCUGAUCACUAUCAUCCUGUCCUAACUGUUGAGUUAAGGACAGGUAACGCAAAAGGUGUUCUAAGGAAUUGGAACCAUGACGGACUCCAAGUAUUUCACAACUAAUAAAAAAGGAGAGAUCUUCGAGCUCAAGGCUGAGCUCAACAAUGAAAAGAAAGAGAAGAGGAAAGAAGCUGUGAAGAAGGUUAUUGCUGCCAUGACUGUAGGGAAGGAUGUAAGCUCUCUCUUUCCUGAUGUGGUGAAUUGCAUGCAGACUGACAACCUGGAGCUGAAGAAGCUGGUGUAUCUGUAUCUAAUGAACUAUGCCAAAAGUCAGCCAGAUAUGGCUAUUAUGGCUGUGAACAGCUUUGUGAAGGUGGUGGCGAAUGCUGUGGCUGCCUUGUCUGAGAUCAGCGAGUCGCAUCCUAAUAGUAACCUGCUGGACCUGAACCCACAGAACAUUAACAAAUUGUUAACUGCUCUAAAUGAAUGCACUGAAUGGGGCCAGAUCUUCAUUCUGGACUGUCUGUCCAACUAUAACCCCCAGGAUGAUCGUGAGGCUCAAAGCAUUUGCAAGAGGGUGACUCCAUGGCUGUCUCAUGCCAACUCGGCAGUGGUGCUCUCUGCAGUGAAAGUCUUGAUGAAGUUCAUGGAGCUCUUACCCAAGGAAUCAGACUACUACAACAUGCUGCUAAAGAAACUAGCUCCUCCGCUUGUAACGCUGCUGUCAGGAGAACCUGAAGUUCAGUAUGUUGCUCUGAGGAAUAUCAACUUAAUUGUGCAGAAAAGGCCUGAGAUCUUGAAGCAAGAAAUCAAGGUGUUCUUUGUGAAGUACAAUGACCCCAUUUAUGUCAAACUGGAAAAGCUGGACAUCAUGAUCCGCCUGGCCUCUCAAGCAAACAUCGCCCAGGUUCUGGCAGAACUCAAGGAAUAUGCUACUGAGGUGGAUGUUGACUUUGUCCGUAAGGCUGUGCGAGCAAUUGGACGAUAUGCCAUCAAGGUUGAGCAAUCUGCAGAACGCUGUGUGAGUACCCUGCUGGACCUCAUCCAGACCAAGGUCAACUAUGUUGUCCAGGAGGCUAUUGUUGUCAUCAGGGACAUCUUCCGCAAGUAUCCCAACAAGUAUGAGAGCAUCAUUGCCACAUUGUGUGAGAAUCUAGAUUCUCUGGAUGAGCCGGAUGCCAGAGCUGCCAUGAUCUGGAUAGUGGGUGAAUAUGCAGAAAGAAUAGACAACGCAGAUGAGCUGCUGGAGAGCUUUUUGGAAGGAUUCCAUGAUGAAAGCACCCAGGUGCAGCUCACUCUGCUGACCGCUAUAGUGAAGCUGUUCUUAAAGAAGCCCUCAGAAACGCAGGAGCUGGUUCAGCAUUGUUUCAGCAGGUCCUAA